GCCAUGUUUUCUUGAUAGCAGUAGAGGAAGAUUAUUAGAAAGUUUUCGAAAAAUGCCGAUUACAAAGCAACCCAGGAAAUCUGAACCUUUAUGGAAAGAGUGGGAUUAUAAAGCACAGAAAAAAGGAAUUCAUCAUACAGUUUACUCUGUGAAUGGAGACCAGUAUACGGGAGAAUGGAACGACAACAAGAAAAACGGCAAAGGAACGAUGCAGUGGAAGAAAAGUGMUACGAUAUACGAUGGUGACUGGAAGGAUGAUAGAAGAUGUGGUUUUGGAACCUACAGUGUUCGAGAAGGAACAGGGUUUAGAAAAAUUUACUCUGGUGGUUGGAAGAACGACAAGAGACAUGGUUAUGGUACAAAUUUCUAUUCCUCWAGUGAAUAUUAUGAAGGCGAGUGGUAUGCUGAUAAAAGAAGUGGUUGGGGUCGUAUGUAUUACAGUGAUGGCUCUGUAUAUGAAGGUGAAUGGUAUGAUGACAAACGAGAUGGUGAUGGUAUGCUUAGACUAGCAAAUGAAAAUCGCUAUGAAGGAGAAUGGAAGAAUGGURAAAAGCAUGGCAAAGGAAAGUUUUUCUACUUAGACAAGGGUCAGGUUUAUUGUGGUGUCUGGAGGGAGGAUAUCCCAAAAGGAGGCACAAUGGAAGACUUUGGUCGCGAUAGAGCUCCAAGCCCCACAACAUAUCCACUUCCUGAGUGCAAACUACAAGAUUUCGAUGGAGUAGUCAAAGAAACAGAAGAAACAUUUUUAGAUGAUCAGCAAUGACAUAGAUCCAUUAACCAUUAUAUUUCUGUACAUAGAAUUUAGCAAAAUUAGUCAAGGACAACGGAAAGAUAUGUUCACAAAGGAACAUCAGGAUUUUCUCCUUUGAGAAAAACAUAAGAAAGAACUGAACCUAUCUGGUGUAGUUGAUUUAUACCAGACAUUCUUCAAGUGGACAUUGUUGUACAAUUUGUAAUAUUUUUUMAAUAAUAAAUUAUUAUAAUAAAGCAAAUAAAUGAACAAUUGACACAAA